AUGCCACUGAGAAGAGAAACGGAAGAAAAUCCUCUGCCUACUGAAGUGCCGAAACCCGUAAAGGAAUUGAAGCCACUUCCAGCAGAUUUGAAGUACGCCUAUCUGGGGGAGGAUGAAACAAAGCCCGUUAUCAUCAACAGACAGUUGACCCAGGGGCAGGAGGAUAAAUUGCUGGAAGUGCUGAGGCAAAACCAAAAGGCAAUAGGGUGGAAGCUAACAGAUUUGGUGGGCAUCAGCUCAGAUUUAUGCAUGCACCAUAUCAGGCUGGAAGAAGGAGCUAAGCCACACCGUGACCAGCAUCGCAAACUCAACCCAAACAUGAGGGAAGAGGUGCUCAAGGAGAUAGUCAAGCUGGUCUCCAUAGGAAUUAUCUACUCCAUUCCUGGUAGCAACUGGAGUGGCUACUUCCAGAUCGCGGUGAAUCCAGAGGAUCAAGAAAAGACCACCUUCACAUGCCCUUUUGGCACCUACGCCUACAGAAGAAUGCCAUUUGGCCUCUGCAAUGCCCCAGGCACCUUCCAAAGAUGCAUGAUGAGCAUCUUCUCUGAUUUGUUGGAAGAUUGCAUAGAGAUCUUCAUGGACGAUUUUACCGUCUAUGGAGACACAUUUGAUCAAGGGCUACAUAGCCUAAACAGAGUGUUGGAGAGGUGCCGGCGGAAGGACUUGGUGUUAAACUUUGAGAACUGCCAUUUCAUGGUUACCGAAGGCAUUGUCCUGGGCCACAUCGUGUCGAGCAGAGGGAUUGAAGAUGGGGGCAAAAACUCAAAAGCGACUCACAUUACUUCUAUUGGGAUGAUCCUUAUUUGUGGAAGAUGGGGGCUGAUCAAGUCAUCUGACACUGCUUACCCGAGUGGGAACAAGAGGACGUAUUGGUCCACUGCCAUACACUAG